CCUCCUUCAUGGUGUGCACUUAAACACCAUGCUUGUCUCCAUUGGCUCUGCACAAGAUACACAACCCAAUCCUUCAUUCUGCCUUGCCUUUAACUAACACUGUUCCCAAGGGUCUGGCUUACCUGCAGACUUGAGUUACCCUAGUCUUUUCCAGGCAGCCUCCUCUCUUUGUCAGACCACAUUGACAGGUUAGGCAGCCAGACCUGAACUACAACUGAUUGAAUUAAGAUGGGACAGCCAGUAUAUAAUCCAGGUCAGCCAUGCAUGAUCCCCAUCGCUGGAGGUUUUGCUCCCGGCAAGAUCCUCCACGUGACGGGCACCUUCACUCCCGCUGCUAACAGCUUUGUUAUGAAACUUCAGUCAGGACAAGUUGGGGACCCAACUGAUGAGAUUGGCUUGUGUAUCUACGGACGGGUGGCUGAGGGUGUGAUUGGUCGCAAUGCCUUCACCCGGGCCGCUGGCUGGGGGCAGGAGGAGGCCACCAGUUCUCCUGCCUUUGCUCGUGGCCAGAACUUUGACAUCACGAUCCUGUGUGACCCAGCACAGUUCAAGAUUGCCCUCAACCAGAACCACUUUGCUGAGUUCAACCACCGCGCCAACCCUGCCAGCCUCACCUUCCUCAACAUCUCCAGCACUAGCCAAGAUGUCACUGUUGCCUGCGUUUGGGUUGAAGAUGGGCCAGGGGCACCUCAGCCACAACCAGGCUUUGCCCAGCCCCCUGUCUCUGGCUUUGAACCCCCACCACCAUACUCUGGAGGUCCUGGAUUUGCCCCACAAUACUCCAGUCCCCAAAUGUACCAGCAGGCUGUCCCGAACUACCAGCAGCCAAUCCCACCACAGCCGUACAUGCCACCCGGAGCCCCGCCGCCGCAGUAUGGUCAGGCGGCUCCCCAUAACCAAUCCAGCAGCGGCAUGGGAGGGAAAGGCCUGCUGGGGAUGGUGGCAGGAGCAGGGACAGCAGUGGCAGGGGCCUUGGGGGCAUCACACCUGCUGGGGAAAAAGUCCCACAGUCAUUCAGGCUACCCUGGAAUGGGGGGCCAUCACAGCAGGGGGGGCUACCCUGGCAUGGGAGGUUACCCUGGUCAUCAUAAAGGGGGAGGAGGCAUGCUGAACAAAGUGAUGGGUCUUGCAGGGCCAGCAGCUGGUGCUGCCAUGCUGGCCAAAGGAAAACCAAGCAAGGCCAUGAAGUACGGGGUGCCGCUGGCUGCCAUGGGUGCCGGGGGCUAUGUGAUGCAUAAGGGCCUGAGACAUGGCUUCCAUGGUGGCCACAGCUCCAGCUCAGGGUCUGGCUCCAGUGAAGAGGAGUGAAUACCUGCAUAGGUUGCUGCUGUGAAAGGGUAACAUGCUACCUCCAGCAGACACUGCCCAGGUAAUGAGUUAGAGUUGUAGAAAUGUAGUAAUAAUAACAAUAAUGAUAAUAACUUUUAUAAUAAUGUGUUCAUAGAUAAUAUAUACAGUAUACAUACAUAUUUAUAUACAUAUGCAUAUAUAUAUAUAUAUAUAUAUAUAUAUAUAUAUAUAUAUAUAUAUAUAUAUAUAUAUAUAUAUAUAUAUAUAUUCUUAUCAUAAUGUGUCCACAUAAGCUGCAAGCCUUUUUGGUGUGAUGCACAUUAGAGGGGUUGGUGGUGAUGGUUUUGCGGGACUCUUGGUGCUAGUGUCUGGUGUGACCUACUUAAUAUGUGUGUGUGUGUGUGUGUGUGUACAGAACAAAUGUAUUGUAUGACCAAAGUAUCCAAAGCAGGUUCUUAUUUGGAAUCAGGAAACAAGUUUGGUGGGUCCCUAGCAUAGUCCAGUAAGAGAUGUAUGUAUUAGGUUCAAAUGUAAUGGAAUAUUUUGUGAAUGCAGUAUAUAUAACUUAUUUAUGUGAUAGAGCCAUACAGGAUGUGAUCACCCAGCUCCAGGUGGUGCAUGGCUGGGUGAGGCAAACACACCUCAUGUCACUUGUUUCUCUAAGUACAGUACGUACUGUGUACUGCACCACACACGGCCUGGUGGACACAGGCUGGAAGCAUUAUGCAGCAGUGGUAACAGUGGUAAGCUCUGGAACUCUCUGCAUGCUUCUGUGUUUCUUCUUUCCUCUGAUUUUAACUCUUUUAGACUGGAGGUUUCAAGACAUUUAUCCUCUAAUUUUGGAUGGUUCUUUUUUACCUUUCUUUUGGGACUGGCACCUUAGUAUGCCUUCUCUCUCUCUCUCUCUCUCUCUCUCUCUCUCUCUCUCUCUCUCUCUCUCUCUCUCUCUCUCUCUCUCUCUCUCUCUCUCUCUCUUUGCCAGUUCCCCUCUUAAAAAAAAAAAAACAGCUAAGAGCCUGAAAUGGUUAGUUGUCAUCUAUGGCAUCGAUGGCAUGACAUAAGUUCUGGUUUACCUGAACACCUGUGAGACGUGCUGUGUGUGGUGAUGCUGCAGGCACAGUAAUGUAGUAAUUGUGGGCUGAAGCAAUAAUUAGUGUGAAAGUCGAUGGAUUUGUGCCAGAUAUUGAGUUACCUGUGGUAUGGUUACUAUUGUUGCAGUAUUUCCCUGCUGUCCUUUUAUGAUGCAGUCUGCUGCUGUGCUAUAGAAUCCUACCAUGGCCAUUACUCUGAAAACACUAGCUAUGCAUUGACCUGUUGAAAGUUGACAUGACAGUAUGGUGUGACUAUAUUCAACAAAAGCUUUUCAAUUUACCAACUCACUUCUUUUAACUGGCCGUCUUAAAAUCUCUUGCAUUGUGUUACUGUGUUGCAUCUUUUCUUAUCUUUAUCCUUUAUUUCCAUAGCUGCAACUGUUGUAAUUUGGCCAACAGCAUGCCACCCUUCCCUUGCUGCUCCACAAGACUUCCUGUUUACUGUCCACUUUAAUAAUUCAUCUUCAUUCUUUCAUCCCUUUCUUUGCUAAACUCUAGAACUCUGUACCUGUUUCUGUUCUUUGUGUGACUAGAACAUAUUAAGAGAAGAAUAUUUAGACACUUUCAGAAAUAAACGGACUAAUUGAUUUUAAACUCUAUGAAUUAACUUUUUGAGAGAGGCAGUUGAGUUCUUUUCUUUCCUUUCUUUUCUUUUGUUUGUCUUCUCAGCCAGCUUCCUCUACAUAAAAGAAGAAAAGGAAAAAAGUAGGCUGUCACCACUUAGCUUCUCAGCAUGUAAAGUUUCAUGUAGUUUGGCCAAUUCACACCUGCAUGGGUAGACUUUGCAAGAUUAUUUCUCCACAAAACAUUUAGUUUGUCAUUAUACAUAUGUGUACAUGUAUAAUGAAAAAACUUUUGUUCUUUGAAUGUUAUGGAGUGUUGCAGAUAAUUGUUGUUUGUAAUGACUCAUGUCUUUCUCAACUUGAUGUGAAGUGACUCAUAGAACAUGCCUUAAGUUGUGACUUGUCAUGCACCUCCCCAUCCCUCACCCUCACUCGUAUACACCUGUCUUUUUAUGAUUUUAUACAAGUUCUUGUACAACCUAACCAUAUUUAAGGUAACUAUUAUAUGUUCUAUUAUGUUUGGCAUAGUUCAAAAGGUUUUCUUGAUUCUGGCUUGAAAUUUGGCAUAUCGUCAUCUUCAUAAAAAAAUUGUUUGUCAUUUUUUCAGCUUUUUUGGGAGAUUUAAAAACAUUUUCAUUUUCUUAGCUUUGAAAUCAAGCAUAUUAAUGUAUAUGGUGAAUUUCAGAUCACUCAUACCCAACAAAUAAUUUAGGCAAGUGUGUCAGUAGGUACACUGCAUCACGAAGAAUUGGCUUAGGGGAAAAUCCAGAAAUUGCCAAAAAAAUACUUAAGCACUUAUUUUAUGAAGGUGAUGACAUGACAACUUGUUGUAGUUUAGUUACGUCACAUGUUUGAAAUUAUGGCUUGAAUUUAGAUUUCACAUUAUGGCCAAGAACCUACACUAGAAUCCCAGACAUGCCUAGUUCAGGGAGGCAGUGUGUAAGUUUUGAGCACAAGCAGUCAGUUGUAGGCUGGUCACAGCUUGCCUCCCAAGCAUGCUCAAGCACAAGCACAGAUAAGAAUAAACCUGAGAAUUUC